AUGAUUAUAGCAUGGAAUGUGAGGGGCUUGAAUAAAAGAGCCAGGCAUAUGGAGAUCAAAGCCCAUCUCCAUCAGUUUCAUAUGCCCUGUAUAUCAUUACUAGAGACUAGAGUUAAAGAAAAUAAUGCUUCCAAGAUUAGAGAGGUCUUUGGCAAUAAGUGGUCUUGGGUGGAUAAGUACUCUCAACAUCCUAAUGGUCGGAUUUGGAUAAUGUGUCUUGAGAAUAAUUUGCAGCUUACCAUGGAAGAUUUUUCUGAUCAACACAUCCAUUGCAAGAUUCUGCAGCAUGAUGGGAGAACUAUAUGUAUUACAGUUAUAUAUGCCCAGAACCAACUACAACAAAGACAAGACCUAUGGAGGAAUUUGAAAAGAACUACUCUAACCAUUCAAGAUCUGUGGAUGGUUAUUGGAGAUUUCAAUAAUGUCUUGAGUACAAAUGAUAGGAUUGGAGGUAAUAAGGUCAAGGAUUCUGAAUACCUUGAUAUGACAUCUAUGAUGAAAGAUAGUGGUAUGUUUGCCCAUGAUACUAGAGGACAACACUUCACUUGGUCUAAUGGAGUGGUUUAUUCUAGAAUAGACCAUGCUCUUUGUAAUAAGCAGUGGCUGCUUCAAUACCCAGAGUGUGAGAUUGAGGUCCUAAAGGCACACAUCUCUGAUCAUCAUCCCCUGAAGGUGGAAGUUAAGAAUCAGCAGAACCAUUCAAGAGUCUGGGAGAAGCUCAAAAAGCUACUACCCAAACUGAAGAGGAUUAUGUAUACUACUACUGCAGAGGUGGCUAACAUCCAUAUGAACAGAGAAAAGCUUAAACAGGCUGAAGAUAUUCUAGCUGGAGAGUUGACUAAUCCUACAUAUGCUGCUAAUGUGAAAAAAUGGAGAGAACAACUGAUCUAG